CGUCCAUCGAAUAUGGCGGCGCCGGAGGGAGGGAGUGGUGCGGCCACCACCGACCGUCUGCGUGCUCCACCGACCAUGGUCCCGUCGGCGACGUCUACGUCGUUUACGAGCGACUUUGUCACGCCCCGCAGCGACAACCCGAACAACGCGAUUGACAGUUGUGAGUACACGGCGGCGACAGACGACAGGCCUGGCACGGCCAAGCCACGGCGUCACAAACUCCACCGUGGCGGCCAUUCGUACAGAAACCUCCACCGCACGCAAUCGCGCGGCCUCCUGACUCGACUCGAAUCGUUCAUUCACCCAGACCAUGCCAAGUCGCUGGCACCGACGCGAGUGUUGUACCUCUCGGUCGCGAUUGCGCUUGUGGCGGCAUUUCAGUCGGGGUGGCUCCUCUCGCAACUCAACUACCUUCCAUUCAACGCCGGCUGUGGAGUUGUCCCGAUCGCUCCAGGCACAUGCAUCAUGUUUGCCGGCCAUUCCAAGCGAGAGUGGACGAUGGCCGUGACGGCGUGGAUCGUUGGCGCCGCCAUCGGCGCCGGAUUGAGCGGCUACCCCGCCGACAAAAUCGGGCGCAAGCAAACGCUCCGGUCGAAUGUGUUUAUCAUGGCAACCGGGGCGACUGUCCAAGUGAUUUCCCACGACAUUUACACGUUUUCAGUCGGGCGAUUGAUCUCGGGCAUCGCGUCCGGCACUGCCAUCAAUGUUUCGAACGUCCUCAUUAGCGAGAUCUCGCCGUGCGAAAUGCGAGGCCUUUUCUCUACGGGAAUCCAAGCCGCCGUGUCCGUUGGGUCCCUUUGUGUGACCACGGCGCACUAUGCUGUCGGCACGACCCACGAGCUCGCGUGGCGUGUGCUGGUCGGGGUGCCGAUUGGGUUGGCCGUGGCCCAACUCCUCUUGAUGCCGUGGAUGGCGCAGAGUCCGGUGUGGCUCGUCAGCCAGGGUAAACUGGACGACGCGACGAUCGCGAUGAAGGCGUUGUACCAGCCGACAAACUUCAAGGCGAUUCUGCAUUCGCUCGUGGCCGGGCAUGCAGACGAGUCGAGGGAACUCGCGGGGGUGAGUCCUUGGAACGUGCUCUUUUCCAGCAAGUUCCGCCGCCAGCUCGUGAUUGCGGUCGUGCUGUGCAUGGCGCAGCAGCUUGGCGGCAUCAACGCGAUCAUGUACUACUCGGCAAGCAUCUUCAAUCGGGCGGGGGUGUCGGAUCCGCGCAUCGCCAACACGGUCGUCAACGUCAUCCGGACAACAGCCAUCAUCACGGCGGCCAAGAUCAUGGACAAGUUUCGACGCAAGACACUGCUCGUGGGUGGCAUGUCGAUGAUGGCGGCGUCAGCGGGCGGCCUCGUCGUGAGUCUCGUUUAUGCCAACGCGGCAGGGUCCGUCGUCUGCGUCUGCGUGUACAUUAUCGCGUACUGCGUCUCGAUCGGGUCCAUGGCAUGGAUGGUGUCGGCGGAGCUCUUUCCAGACUUUCUCAAGGCCGAUGCCGGGUCCGUCGGGACCUUUUCGACGUGGGUAAGCAACUUUAGCGUGGGUGUGUUUUACCCGCUCUUGGCGGACGAAGAUGCGCUUGGCAACUACGCAUUUUGCAUCUUCAUUGGGUGCCUCGUCGUCGUCGUCUCGUUCGUGCUGGCGCUGGUGCCGGAGACGGCCAACAAAACGUAUGCGGAGAUCGAGGCCGCGUUUGGCAUUGCCCAGCCCCACGACGCUGAAGCGCCCUUGUCCCCGGGACUUUCCCCCGACCAUGAUCCGUGGAUUACAGUAUGUUGCGACGACAUUGCCGUGUCGGAUGCGCCUGCGCCGCCCCCUGUGCCCAACGCACUACCCGCCCCCAUCGCCGAGAACGCAAGCGACGAACGGCGGGCUAGCGACAGCUCGAGCAGAACCAGCACCAUUGGGUUGCCGCUCGAGGACGAGGGCGACGAUGGAGACGAAGGAAAGGCAUAGCAUGGCCUAGCGCAGGUCGACCACCUCUUCUGUACAAUAAUGGAUAUCGUCACAACAACGUCCC